UGUUAAACAAGUUCCCAAACUUUUUCAUUCAACCAUACAAAAUGGCCUUGUCCUAGUUUUCUUCCAACGUCUUUCCCUGGAGAGAGUUUUGUUUAUCAAAGAGGGGUAACUCUGCUGAUUCUGACCAAGCGGAAGUAAAUUUGCUAUUUAUUUGCCUGCCUGCCUGUAUCUUGGCAGCUGACUUCAAUGUGUUUCUAUUUUUAUCUGUUUCAAGAAACGAACAGGUGACCAGAGCGGUACCCAAAAAUGAACAAUGGAUGACCUUGAGAGGUUCCGUGCUGUCUUGCUCCGCAACAGACGGGCAGGACGCCCGGCCCAGCAAAUCCUGCCGCAGGGAGGCUUCGGCCUCGAGCAGAUCAUGAACAACCGGGGGCGAGGCCGCGUCUACCGCUACGCCGGUCCCCGUCCCAUGAUGCCCCCGAGGCCAGGCCCCGUGUUGCCCGCGCCCGUGCGGGCAGAGCCGUGUAUGGAGCGUAUCAAAAUGGAGGAAGAUGUGCUCAGCUACAGCGGCAGUGCCGGCGACCCCCCGGGCCUGUAUGUGGCCACCCGCACCAUCGACCACUACAACAACUACUUCGAGGUGGAGAUUCUGGACGUGGGAGAUUUAGGACAGAUCAGUAUAGGAUUGGUCCCCGAAAAAUACUCGCUUAGUUCUCAACCUGGCAUGCAACUCAACUCUGUGGGAUACCUUGCGGAGAAUGGAUCCCUGUGUGUAAAUCUGGGCUUGUGCCACAGCGGGAAUGGACCUCCGUGUGGCCCGGGGGACCGGAUGGGGGUCGGGGUGAGGCCACAGCCGGAGCACGGGGCCGGGGACCGACACACGUGCCGCGUUUUCUUCUCCAAGAACGGACAAGAGAUCAAAAGUUUCGAGCUCGCGCUUCUUCCGAUCCAGCUGUACCCAGCAGUCGGGAUGCAGUCGGAGGGCGAGGAGGUGACCUUGAGACUGGACGCGGCCUGGGACCCGGACGAUGUGACUCAGAUGAUGGUGGACUGCGGGGAGGAGGACUGGGUGCGACUGGACGACGUCCGGCUCAACGGAUCGACGUUGGAGUAUGCGGGCCGGGGGCGUACCAUCCACGACGUGGGGCUGGCACAGGCCAAGCUACCGCUGGACACAACGAACCAUUACUUUGAGUUUGAGAUUGUGGAUCCUGGCGAGGGCUGCUAUGUGGCUAUUGGGCUGGCCAAACAGAACUACCCAAUGAGACGUCACCCGGGCUGGAACGACGGCUCUAUAGCCUAUCACGCAGAUGAUGGAAAGUUGUUUCAUGGGUCCGGCCUAGGUGUUCGAUUUGGCCCCAAGUGUUCUGUAGGUGACGUGAUGGGCUGCGGCAUCUACUUCCCCCCAGACUACGACAGCGACGCUGAAGCCCUGAGCAACGACGAGGACGAGGACGUGGUGAAGGGAGGAGGGGCAGAGGAGGAGGAGGAGGAGGAAGAGGAGGAGGGAGAGGAGGCUCACCUGGACGGCUUUCUGGGGCUGGCCGACUCGGACGAGGAGGAGCUGCUGGACGCGUUUAUACGGCCGCCCCGGAGGAGGCAGGCCAAGGUCAAGGGCACCAAGGUCACUGUGUUCUUCACACGCAACGGCAAGCUGGUGGGUCAUCGGGAGGUGCGGGUGCCCAAAGGUGGCUUCUACCCGACGGUUGGGAUGCUCAGCUGCAACGAGAAGGUCAGGGUGGACCUCCGACCUCUCACCGGAUGAUUCCAGAUUUACACAGCUUAUUUGUUGAGCCGCAGGUUCCUUCAAACUGAAGCCCUGCGGGUUCUUGGAUUUCUGCCGUACGGCGGGUCGAGAAUUCAGGACGCAUACAUCGAGAGAAGUUUGUGAAAUAUUUGUGGGCCGAGUGGGGAGGGCCGGAUGGAGGUCUAGUUGAGGUCUUGUUUCUAAAAAUAAGUCGAAAUUGUCUUUCGCAUCUGAUGUAUUUUGUGGGUUCGGGGGUUCGAGCCUCAGCUCAGUCCGACAUUGUGUCCCUGGGAAAGGCACUUA